GGGAGCAAGCCACUUAACUAGUUAGGGAGGGCGGGGUAGAAGUGGGUGCCUGCUGCUCUUAGGGAAGAGUGAAGCUGUGGCUCCCGCCUGGGUCUGGAAAUCGCGGUCAGAAGUGCUUCUGAAGAGUGGCCCGAGCCUCCUUUUGUCCCCCCUCUCCUGGCCGUCCCCCUGGAACUCUCCAGCUGGUUUUAUUUGGCCCCAGCCAUCCCGCCCAUCUCGCCCGCCCCACCGUCCUGGUGCCUUAGUUCUUGAAGCUGACGACCUUUCGCAGCAGGAAUCACAAGCCAGGCAGGACCCUGGCACCAGACGGCGUCCAAGAGUUUGGCGACAUCUGUCCAGCCAGGUUGGCGCCCCGCACGUAGUGCCUCUCACUAGCAAAGUUUCUCCGUGGAGAAGCAGCCUCUCCAGCCUUUUCUUGAUCUUGUAGAGCGCGCGCACUCUGCUUCUGUCCCCCAACACGGUACUGGGAGACAGGGUGGUGAUAAUACUCCAGUCCCGGGCCCGGCGGUCUUGUGGGCGGGGCUUGGGGGAAUCCGAGGAGCCAGCCUGAGAACCCUGGACUCAGUGAAGAUCCUGAGGGCGCGCAGGUGAGCAGGCAAGCUAAUAGCUACAGCCUAGCAGUAGCUAGGAUACCCAGGCACUGAACUGAAUCCCCCGAACGGACGAUCACACUGCGCCCCCUCUUCUGCCCUGGCUCAGCUCUCCGCUGGCUUGCGAGGACACACUAAUCAGGACUCUUUGUGAGGAGCUGCUGAGUGUCAGUGCCCCGACAGAGUGGCUACUCCCUGCCUGAGGGACUGCGAAAGGAGCCACCACGGAAGCUGCUGUUCUCAGGACUCUUCACGUCCCUGGAGUUGGACUCUGGAUGGGGCGCUGGGAUGCUUGCUUUUGUCUUGUUCCAGUUUCACAGCAAGUAUGUUGACGAUUGGAAUCCUGGGUCAAUUAAGAGUCAAGUUCAAAGUAGUACUCCUGGGUUUUCCAUCCCAGACUCCAACUCGAAUCUGAGUCUGGAAGAUCGUGGUCUCUUGCUCUAGCUAGUGAAUCUCCGUUCCCAAACUGGACUUGACAGAGCUCUCCUCACCUACACUUGGACUGCAGCGGCUACAGGGUUCUCUUGGGGAUGCGUGGGAGGGUGCUCUGAACAUCAGACCACAACAUUCAGAAAGAAACUCGACAAUGGACAGAGUUUAUGAAAUUCCUGACGAGCCAAAUGUGGAUCCGGUUUCAUCUCUGGAGGAAGAUGUCAUCCGUGGAGCCAACCCCCGAUUUACCUUUCCAUUUAGCAUCCUUUUCUCCACCUUUUUGUACUGUGGGGAGGCUGCAUCUGCUUUGUACAUGGUUAGAAUCUAUCGAAAGAAUAGUGAAACUUACUGGAUGACAUACACCUUUUCCUUCUUUAUGUUUUCAUCCAUUAUGGUCCAGUUGACCCUCAUUUUUGUCCACAGAGACCUAGCCAAAGAUAAACCGCUAUCAUUAUUUAUGCAUCUAAUCCUCUUGGGACCUGUUAUCAGAUGUUUGGAGGCCAUGAUUAAGUACCUCACACUGUGGAAGAAAGAGGGGCAGGAGGAGCCCUACGUCAGCCUCACCCGAAAGAAGAUGCUAAUAGAUGGCGAGGAGGUGCUGAUAGAAUGGGAGGUGGGCCACUCCAUCCGGACUCUGGCUAUGCACCGCAAUGCCUACAAACGUAUGUCACAGAUCCAAGCCUUCCUGGGCUCAGUGCCCCAGCUGACGUAUCAGCUCUAUGUGACCCUGAUCUCUUCAGAGGUCCCCCUGGGUAGAGUUGUGCUAAUGGUCUUUUCCCUGGUAUCAGUCACCUAUGGGGCUACCCUUUGCAAUAUGUUGGCUAUCCAGAUCAAGUAUGAUGACUACAAGAUUCGCCUUGGGCCACUAGAAGUCCUCUGCAUCACCAUCUGGCGGACAUUGGAGAUCACUUCCCGCCUCCUGAUUCUGGUGCUCUUCUCAGCCACUUUGAAAUUGAAGGCUGUGCCCUUCCUAGUGCUCAACUUCCUGAUCAUCCUCUUUGAGCCUUGGAUUAAGUUCUGGAGGAGUGGUGCCCAGAUGCCCAAUAACAUUGAGAAAAACUUCAGCCGGGUCGGCACUCUGGUGGUGCUGAUUUCAAUCACCAUCCUCUAUGCUGGCAUCAACUUCUCUUGCUGGUCAGCUUUGCAGUUGAGGUUGGCAGACAGAGAUCUCGUCGACAAAGGGCGGAACUGGGGACAUAUGGUCCUGCACUAUAGUGUGAGGUUGGUAGAGAAUGUGAUCAUGGUUUUGGUUUUUAAGUUCUUUGGAGGGAAAGUGUUACUGAAUUACUGUCAUUCUAUGAUUGCCUUGCAGCUCAUUAUUGCUUAUCUGAUUUCCAUUGGCUUCAUGCUCCUUUUCUUCCAGUACUUGCAUCCAUUGCGCUCACUCUUCACCCAUAAUGUAGUGGACUACCUCCACUGUGUCUGCUGCCACCAGCACCCUCGGACCAGGGUUGAGAACACAGAGCCACCCUUUGAGGCUGAAGCAAGGCAAAGUGUUGUCUGAUUCUAUUUUCUGGGUGUUUUAGGAUGGGUUGGGAGUUGCCAAGAGCAACUAUGAAAUUGAAGGAAUGGAUGAGGCUAAUGGGUGAGAUACCCAUCAAGGCAUUGUCUUGACUUUUCUGUUAAGCCUAUCAGAAGAAAGAGCAACUCCCAAUUAGGUUUUAUUUUCUUAAGAGUUGCCACUAUGUUUGGACACAGGAGGUAUCCACUAUAUAGUUGGAAGGGUGAGAAAUACCCAUUCAUACCCUUCUUACCAGGUCAAUUGGAAUAACUUGCCUUCAAGCACUUUAGGUUUUCUAAAGCGACCUUCUCGCUCUGCUCAUUUGCUUGAUGCAUUUCUGAGCUUUCCUGGGCUGAGUUGAAGUCCCAGAGUCUCACUAGAAUAUAUCCUGACUGAUCAGAAGAUAUGACAGUUUACCAGUUAAGAGUACCUCCUAGGUAACAGUCUGACUGAUGUGGAACCUGCAACUGUCAGUGUGGCUGGAGUCUUUUUAAUUCCAAUGAGAAGCUCUGUCUGAGAAGAAAAUCUCCACUAUUAAAAGAAUUGCUCCCCAAACAAAUUAGUUCUCUGUUAGGAUUUUACUAGUGGUCAUUCAGCAGAGGCACUUCAUAGGCACACUCUGAGGAGAAAGUGCAGAGUAGGAUUCCUUCAGGGCAUAAGCCAAAAUGACUCUUUUUCUCAGGAACCUGCAUGGGCCUCCAGCUUGUCUAGUGGAAUCCUUGAGUGAAACCUCUCACUUAAACUGCCUCAUGAGCAGAGAUUUCCUCCAACCCAGCUUUUCCGUGCUCUUGGUAUUUUAGUACUUGAUGUGGACCUCAGAGAAGUUGAACUGUAAUUGACAAUGUUUCUCAUGUGUGGAAGAAAUGAAGACUGCUUUGUGUC